AAUUUGUGCACCGACUUCUGCACUUUGGGGAAGGGGCUGGGCAGGAGUCCUUUGUAAAAAUUCUACUGCCGUGAAGUUACUUGCCCAAGUCACACGCCAGGGAGUGGCAGUGCCGGACCCAAACACAGGCGGUCGGGCCCCAGAGUCCCCGAGUUUACCCACCACCCUCCACUGCAUGACCUUAGAGGAUGUUCAUGGGUCAGCAGGGCAGGGGUGGGGUGGGUGCUCCUUUCCCUAAAGCAGAAUGGAGGCACCUGCCUACUUUCUUGGGAGGGCUGUAGGCACUUGCCUCCAAGACCAAGCCCCCUGUGACCUACAGGAAAGGACGCCUCCCAGCGCUCAUAUUUUGGAUAAUCAAGGCUCUUACCGAUCUGCCACCUUGGGCUGCAGCGAGAAAUAUUGUCCCCAUCACACGGUCCUGGUAUUUUAUACAUUCUUCACUCAGGAUCGCAGGCUCUCAGCAAGUUCGUGAAGCUCCAGGCCCUGAAAUUAAGCCUGUGUCUAAGCGGAAGAUUCCUGUACACUCAAUCCCGUGGGAGGGGGUGCCUUGCCCUGAUACGGGGGACACUGGGGUUUUAAACAUGUUUUACUGAGACCCUCCGACGUGCUGGGACGCUGGGUUUGAAGGAACGGUUCCUGACCCCAGGAAGCUUGGUCAGCAAGGACCUGGGGAGCAAUUAAAUGCAAACUUAUAAAGCUCUGUCAGCUCACAGCCCACUUUAAAUAAAAGCUGUAUUGCCCUCGCCCUAUAGCCUCUAUCCAUUUCCUCCCCGGAGGGGACAAGGACUGACUUCUAAGAGCACCUCCCGUGUGGCGGGGCGCUCUGUGAACGGAGGCACCUCGCUGCCAAGCCUUCGAGGUAGACGCUGUCGCUCUGCUCACGGAUGGCCAAACCCGGCCUGGCAAGUGGAAGUGGCUCACCUCCCAGCUGCGGCUGCAGGGCUGGCCCGGCCCCGCUCUGCCCACUGCCGCGCCCUGCCUUCCUGAGGAUUCUGGGGUGAGGAGAGGGCAGCCAGGACGGUGGACAUGUGCCCAAGAUGUCCUCUUCCUCAUGCCUCUCUCCCACGCAGCGGUCGCUCAAAAAUGCAGCCCCCGAUGCACACUCCCAUUCCCCCACGGGCACGCGUACCGACCUGGGGCUUCUGCCAAAUCUCCUGUGUAAAGGGAGGGGGUUGAGCACGGGCUGCCGGCAGUUACGUCCCUUUCCCAUUGAUGGAGAUAAAUGUUACUGGAAUACCAGUGUGACAAGUCAGCCUCCGCUGUCCCCGCCUCCCCAGACCCCACCCCUAAACACACACACACACACACACACACACGCGCGCAUGCACGCACGCACACACACGCGCACACACACUCCGGAGCUGAUAGCUGUUUCCUCCCUCAGCCCCACUCCCCUGCCUCUGCCUGCCGGUGACUCGGUGACUCGUCUGGCUGCCACUAGAAGCUGUCUCUGGGGCUGGAAUCCUGUGCUCCUUCUGUGCCCAGGGUCACCGGUUAAUUGUUCUGCAAACUGUAAAGCUUGAGAAGCGUAAGCAUUCUUGGGGAGCACGGGCCUAACUGCUCCCCCCGCCCCGACCUGUCUGCGAUCCUGGGGCUCAUCUGCUUGGAAGAGUCUAGUCUGAUCUCUUGGGGCCUCGCCUUCCAGAGGCCCAUGCUACCUGGAGAAGACUGUGGGUUUUCUCAUCCCGGCCAACAGUGUUACCCCUGGAAAUAGCCGGCCAUGUCUGCCAACGUCACGCUGAAGCCGCUCUGCCCCAUCCUGGAGCAGAUGAGCCGCAUCCAAAGCCACAGCAACUCCAGCAUCCGCUACAUGGACCACGUGUCAGUGCUGCUGCACGGGCUGGCCUCGCUGCUGGGCCUGGCGGAGAACGGACUCAUCCUCUUCGUGGUGGGCUGCCGCAUGCGCCAGACCGUGGUCACCACCUGGGUGCUGCACCUGGCGCUGUCCGACCUGCUGGCCACCGCCUCCCUGCCCUUCUUCACUUACUUCCUGGCCGUGGGCCACUCGUGGGAGCUGGGCACCACCUUCUGCAAGCUGCACUCCUCCGUCUUCUUCCUCAACAUGUUCGCCAGCGGCUUCCUGCUCAGCGCCAUCAGCCUGGACCGCUGCCUGCAGGUGGUGCGGCCCGUGUGGGCGCAGAACCACCGCACGGUGGCCGCGGCCCACAGGGUCUGCCUGGUGCUCUGGGCCCUGGCCGUCCUCAACACGGUGCCCUACUUCGUGUUCCGGGACACCAUCCCGCGGCUGGACGGCCGCAUCAUGUGCUACUACAACGUGCUGCUCCUGAACCCGGGGCCCGACCGCGACGCCACGUGCAACUCGCGCCAGGCGGCCCUGGCCGUCAGCAAGUUCCUGCUGGCCUUCGUCGUGCCGCUGGCCAUCAUCGCCUCCAGCCACGCGGUCGUGAGCGUGCAGCUGCGCCACCGCGGCCGCCGGCGGCCCAGCCGCUUCGUGCGCCUGGUGGCGGCCGUGGUGGCGGCCUUCGCGCUCUGCUGGGGGCCCUACCACGUGUUCAGCCUGCUGGAGGCGCGCGCGCACGCCGACGCGACGCUGCGGCCGCUCGUGUGGCGCGGCCUGCCCUUCGUCACCAGCCUGGCCUUCAUCAACAGCGUGGUCAACCCGCUGCUCUACGUGCUCACGUGCCCCGACGUGCUGCGCAAGCUGCGGCGCUCGCUGCGGAGCGUGCUGGAGAGCGUGCUGCUGGACGACAGCGAGCUGGGCGGCUUGGGGAGCAGCCGCCGCCGCCGCGCCUCCGGCCCCCGCCCCGCCCCCCGCCCCGCCCCCGGCCGCCCGGCCGCCGGGCCCCCGCGCCUGCUCGCCUGGCUGUGCGGCGGCCGCCUGGCGUCCGGGCAGAGGGCCCGGGCCCGGUCCCAGGACGAGAGCGGCCCCCUGAACCGGGCGCUGAGCACCACCUCGGGGUAAGAGGGCGGCCGGGGCUCGCCGGCCCGGGAGGCAAAGGAGGGCGGCGAUGCCGAGCGAGAGCGUCCCGAGGGCGACGUCAGGCAGCGACCCAGGGAUCUGCAUUUUGCAGCGCCCGGCCUCUUGGGCCUCCUCGGGCUUUCUCAGAAUCCUAGGCAGGCGGCAGGCGGGGCGGGAUGCCCAGAUUCUGCAUUUCUGGCAAGCUCCCUGGAGACGAAGUCGGCGCAGGGACAACACACAGUGAAAACCACAAGAUUUCUCCGACUGGGCAGCGGACUCCCGAGGCACGCAGGACACACUCCCCCUGAAGCUCAACUUUGUCAGAUGGUGGGAGGGGGAGGGAGGGGAGUGUUUUCACAUGAAACCAGUGAUGGGUUUUGGGGUAGAAGACAGAGGGGAAGGGUUUGGGAAGCACUGAACUGGUCUAACCUCUUCAUUUAGUCCCUCAGCCACCGUGUACUGAGCUAGACGCUUUAUCUCACAAUCUGGACGGUAGGUUCCAUGAUCAGACUGAGGCACGUGGAGGUUCAUCCACGUGCCCCAAGUGCAGGGUCUGCACGCUGACCAUGAACCAUCACACGUUCCACUGCCCCAGGUAGAAAAGCAAGGCCUUUUCUAUAAGGCUUUUCUUAUCAAGUAGCAAAAGCGAGGGCUGUCGUGGUCAACCAGGGCUAAUCCAAACGCAACGGGGAUCUUUGCUGAAGGUCUUCUCAUUGUUUAGUAUUUCAACGUGUACGGCAGCCUCGGAGACCCCAGCACGGGACAUUUCCUUGCGAAUCUGACACCUGUAUAGGCCUGGUAUUCCAUGGGAUGCCCUGUGGGCAAUGCUGGUAAUCCCCAAAUCUUUGCAACCCACCUCCCGACUAGCAGCCACUGGGCAGCUGUGCCUUCCAAUGUGCAGAUAUAAGGGGUAGCUCGUCCCUCCCUUGUAGCAUAUCCACUGUGCCGCAUGCUUCCUCUGCCACCAUGGACUGGAGGACAAAGAUCGCUGUGCUUAGGUCUGUCCCGAGGCCAGGCACAGAGUUGCUGCCAGUAACUGGUGGGUGAAACGUCUGUGGGAGAGCAGAGAAACCCUCUUGGGCUCUCGGUCCAGUGCUGCCUGUGCCGCUCCUGGCUGGGGUCCUGGAGACUGGGCUGGCCAGCUUACCGUUUGCCACGGUGCUGGGCCUUGCCCACAGUAAGUGCUCAGCAAACGGAUAGUAGAUGCACAGCUGGCUGAACAGACACCCCUCUUAACACCUCGCCAUGCGCCCUGCCAGCCUCCCCUCACUUGUCGCCGCCUGAUGCACAAUGCCGUUUUCUUGUUUAUUAGAUUUUCUCCGUCAGAAUGAAAGCUCCUUGUGGGCAGGGGCCUUUAUAUUCCCCAAUACCUAGAAUUGAGCCUGUAUACAGCAGUGUUUCAAUAAAUAUCUUUGAUGCAGA